UAUGAUUUCGAUGUGUAUAUGAUUCACAAAAAAAAAAAAAAAUCAUGUUAACGAUAGUUUUUAGGCCACUAAAACCUAUGCAUUGUCUUCUUCUGCCCCAUUUCUCAAAAAUUGGUGAGGAAACGUCCAAUACGCCAUUUCGUCAGCAAAUUUCCCACCCUUAAUGCAAAGUGAAGAUAUAUAUAUAUAUAUAUAUAUAUUUAAGCUUUAAUCAUAGGGACAGAAAAGCAGGUAAUGUUAGAAGAUAAGUUUUUCUCUUUGUCCUUUGUUUGACUUUUAUAGAUUACACGUCUCUACCUGUUUCUGUUUCCUCCUUCAUGAUCAAAUUUUAAUUCCACCAAUCGCUUUUAUGGCAUCACAUUACCAUUGAUGAACAACAAUUUUAGUUGCAAAUACUGAAAAUUGAGCUCUCGCAGUUGAGUCUGAUGGAAAAACACAGCAACAUGAAUGGGAAUGAAGUGGAGGGGAGAGACAACAAGAGUGGAAAUAAGGAAAAGAAUGAUAGCUUUGGUAGUUCUGAAAAUACUGCUGAUCAGCAGAGUAACAGACUUGUCGAAGACGAAAAGGGUGGGAUUAAGACAAUGCCCUUCAUCAUAGCAAAUGAGAUAUGUGAGAAAUUGGCAAUGGUGGGAUUCAGUAAAAACAUGGUUAACUACUUAACAGACCAGCUUCACAUGCCACUAACAAAAGCAGCCAACACUGUCACCAACUUCAGUGGUACAUCGAGCUUGACGCCAUUGCUUGGAGCCUUCAUUGCUGAUUCAUAUGCUGGGAAAUUUUGGACUAUCACUUUUGCAACAGCUAUAUACCUACUAGGAAUGAUACUCCUAACACUCUCAGCAGUACUGCCAAAGCUAGGGCCACCACCAUGUGAAGGUAACCAAGUUUGUCAAGAAGCCAGUGGCGGCCAAUUGGCUGUUCUCUACCUGUCUCUUCUACUGGCAGCCAUAGGAUCAGGCGGGAUCAGGCCAUGCGUGGCGGCGUUUGGGGCAGAUCAAUUUGUUGAGGAGGAUCCUAGGCAUCCUAAAAAAACAUGGGUCUACUUUAAUUGGUAUUUCUUUGCAUUGGGAGUCUCAAUAUUAUUAGCAUCAACCGUGCUUGUUUAUAUUCAAGAUAAUGUUGGAUGGAGCUGGGGCCUCGGAAUUCCCACCAUUGCCAUGGGUUUGUCAAUAAGUAUUUUUCUGAUUGGUUACCCUCUUUACCGGAAUCUGGAUCCUGCCGGGAGUCCUUACACUCGGGUGUUACAAGUAUUUGUUGCGGCAUUUAGGAAGAGAAAGCUUCCCUUGAUUUCAGAUCCUAAAUUUUUGUAUGUGAACAAGGAGCUUGAUGCAUCGAUUUCCACUGACGGACUGCUUCAUCAUACAAAACAAUUGAAAUUUCUGGAUAAGGCUGCCAUCGUAACUGAAGAAGAUACUCUCAAAUCUUCAGAAAAACCGAAUUUGUGGAGAUUGAACACCGUUCAUAGAGUUGAAGAAUUAAAAUCUAUACUAAGAAUGUUACCAAUUUGGGCAGCUGGUAUUCUCUUUGCCACAUCCUCUGCCCAACAAAACACAUUUUCGCUACAACAAGCCAAAACAAUGGACAGACACCUUACGAAGUCCUUUCAAAUCCCUUCUGCUUCCAUGUCCGUUUUCACCAUGUUCUCCAUGCUCAUCACAAUAGUCUUAUAUGAUCGACUAUUGGUUCCUGUUGCCCGCAAGUUCACAGGGAUUGACCGGGGCAUAAACUUUUUGCAUCGGAUGGCCAUAGGCUUUUUCAUCUCAAUACUGGCAACUCUAGUAGCUGGAUUCAUUGAAGUGAAGAGAAAACACGCAGCCUUAGUCAAUGGGCUGAUUGACAGCCCCAAAUCUACAAUUUCCAUCUCAGUAUUUUGGCUUGUGCCACAGUAUAGCCUUCAUGGUAUUGCAGAGGCUUUCAUGGUAAUUGGUCACCUUGAAUUUUUCUAUAACCAAGCACCAGAGAGCAUGAGGAGCACAGCUGCUGCUUUGUUCUGGACAUCGAUUUCAGCUGGGGACUAUACAAGCACACUUUUGGUCACUUUGUUGCACAAGUAUACGAACUGGCUUCCCAAUAAGAACCUGAAUAAGGGGAAGUUGGAGUAUUUUUACUGGUUGCUCACGUUUUUGCAAGUUCUAAACUAUGUAUACUACUUAAUAUGUGCAAAAUUUUACACUUUCAAGCCUCUCCAGAGCCAGAGAACAGAAGCUGGCAACGACCAAUAUGGUGAGGGGGUUGAGCUUGCUAGCCAAGUUUAACUGUAUUUGCUUAGCAAUUAGCUUGGUUAGGAACAAAUAAUAAUAUAUAGCUUCUUGUCUCUACAGAUUUUCCUCUCUUACUUUUUACAUGCCAUGUAUAUUAACCAAUGAUCAGUUGUUUUCUUGUUUUGCCCCGGUUCUUCCUAGAGAAUGAAGUGCUCCAAAAUUGAGCAGAGACAAGCUUCCUUUUUCAUACUGCGGCUAACAAAAACAAUGUGUUGGGCCUUGGUGGCUUUGUACUCAAUUACACUUUUCAUAAAGCGUAAUUACUUUCUAUCAUAAUUGAACAAGUGAUAGUCGAAUAUUCAUUCAGGAAUUGACUACAUCUUUUCAUCUGCCAUGACUUUCAAUCCCAUGUUGAAUUUAUAUUUUUUGGUACAUAAGACCAUUUGCAUGCAAUUGACCCUUGACUUACAGCAAGUACUCCUAUGUAUCUGUCAGCAUUUGUAUUUAUAUAUUUAUCUACUAUUCAAAUGCUGAGAGAGAUUUUAUACUUAUUGAAACAUUGGAUAUAUAUGGAUGCCUAAUUUUUAUUUGAAACAUUGGAUAUAUAUGGAGGCCUAAUUUUUAUUACAAACAUUAAUAUUUUAUACUCAUUGACAAUCACUAUGCAUCGGUCGAUCUAAUUUUCAGAAACAACUAACAAUUAUACAACUGAAAAAAAAAACCCAAAUUUGAUAUUGGCAAUAUUGUCUGUUUCAUGACUUCCAUAUACCCCAUAAGAUAACCCUCUUGUCUAAGCCUUUUUUUAAAACCAAAUCAUGGCUAAUACGAUGUUUUUAAUUAAGACUUCAUGGGAAGUUAAAAAUGUCAUGAGAAGAAACAAAGAUUUCGCUGUCGUCCUGACCUGUCUCAUUGCAUCUCGGUUCUUAUCAAUGGAAAAUUUAUCGAUUUCAUCAGUAUAUUAAAGAGUUAGUUAUAGCAUCGAACAGGUUAUUGGAAAAAGACGCCACCAUAAAUC